CGAUAUUUGCCUCGUAAAUGAAAACGGACCCGGUCGGUUCCCCCCGUGUUCGUACAUGGUUUGUUCCUUCUCUGUUCGAAGCAGAAGCGGGAGGAAGUUACUGUUGUGUUUCUGCCGGGGAGACUGUUGAUGUUUCCCGAAGACAGAAAAAGUAACGAAGGAUGGACAUAACGACGUGUUUAAAGUCUCUACUGCUGGCCAUCCAGCAGUACAGAGACAGCAGGACCGCUCAGCACGCUGCGCAGCUGCACAAACAACUGGAGGAAGUUUCUGGCCUGAAAUGUGACAACCUGCUGUCCUCGGGUCAGUUUUUACCCACUGAGUGUGUGAGUGGGCUUGUGGAGCUGGCAGGAAACCCAAACACCAGUCCUGCCCUGACGAGCUCCAUCAUCUCCCUGCUGGCCCAGCUGGGGAGUGAUGAUGCCAGUCGGGAAAUUCUGCACAGCAGCUACAACCUCACCAGCACUCUGGCUGCGGUCAUCCACUGCCACAGCAGCACACCAGGAGAACCUCUGGUGCUACAGUGUCUUCAGGUGCUGCAGAAACUGACAUACAACACCCGCACUUUCCAGUUCACAAACUACAUCCAUGAGCUCAUCAGUUUUCUCCUGACCAACAUCCAGUCUCAGAAUGAGGACAUCAUCAUGCCCUGCCUCGGCGUCAUGGCCAACCUUUGUCGCGACAACCCUUCGGUGCAGUGCCACAUCAAGUCUAUGGACAACGUAAGGCAGUUCUACCGGACUCUGAUCAACUUUCUGGCUCACAACAGUCUGACUGUGGUGAUCUUCACGCUGUCCAUCCUGGCCAGCCUCACUCUGAAUGAGAAGGUGGGCGAGAAGCUUUUUGAUGCAAAGAACAUCCAUCAAACUUUCCAGCUCGUGUUCAACAUCAUUGUGAACGGCGACGGCACUCUGACCAGGAAGUACUCGGUUGACCUCCUUGUCGACCUUUUGAAGAACUCCAAAGUAGCCGAUUACCUCACAAGGUACCAGCACUUCUCAGCAUGUUUGUCUCAGGUUUUGGGGCUGCUGCGCUCCAAAGACCCAGACUCUGCAGCCACGGUGCUGGAGCUCCUCCUGGCCAUGUGCAGAAUUGGAGGUCUGCGCUCGCAGCUCUGUGACGUGGUCUUCAGACCGGCUGGACCCAAACUCCGACCUGCAGGUCACAGGCAGGGAUCCGGGGCGGACGGUGGUCGGAAACCAGAGUGUGGGUUGGCUCUGGUGCAGUGGCUCAGCUCACCUGUGGACGGCGCUGAAAAAUGCUUGUUGCAGACGCUGCAGCUGUUGAACGAGCUGCUGGAGGAGUCGUUGGGAGCAGAGAGUGUCUCUGAAUCCAUGUUAAGCUUUGUGGAAAUGUUGCUUCCUGUCGUCUUGGGGCUUCUGAAGGGCCUCGAUCCUGCGCUGGGAGACCCUCACCUCAGAAAACACUGCCACCGCAUCACCCACGUCUCCACCCUGCUGCUCACCCUCUGCUGCGAGGACUCCUCCAGAUCUUUGGUGUCCUCUCAGGUGAGCGCUGAGCUCUGCCUCUCUCAGGUAGACGUUCUCCUGUCCUGUUGUCAUAGCAACAGCCCUCUGACCCACCUGCCUCCUGUCUCCAGUAACGACCUCAGCUGGUUGUGUGCAGAAGCUCUGCUGAAGACUCUGGAGCUGAUGAGCAAACUGAGGCAGCAGGUGAAGGACAUGGAGACGAGCUUCUACAGGAUGCUGCAGGACCAGAGGACCGUGACUCCCCUCUCAUUGGCUCUGACGUCCCACCUCAGGGAGCACGUUCAGACCGGACUCGCUCUGCUGUUUGAAGCCACGCCCCUUCCAGACUUCCCAUCGCUGGUUCUGGGGGAAAGUAUCGCCGCCAACAACGGCUAUCGUCAGAGGGAGGCGGAGCUGUCGGCGAAGCGUGUAGCUGUGCAGGACGUCCCACCUCUCAGGACAAACACCAGCACGAUGGAUGUUUGCAGUGGUUACAGGAGUGUGAGCAGUCUGGUGGAGAAGAUACAGAGCGGCUUGGAGCUGCAGGAACAGACGAAGGACUCGCCUCUUUCUGAGAUCAUUGACGUUUAUGAGCAGAAGCUGGCUGGAUUUGCUUCUAAGGAGAGUCGUCUCCAGGACCUUCUGGAGGCCAAAGCUCUGGCUCUUUCUCAGGCCGACCGUCUCAUCGCUCAGUAUCGACUCCAGAGAGCUCAAGCUGAGGCUGAGGCGCGGAAGCUGGCCGGCCUCCUGAAGGAUGCGGAGCGUCGAAAGGAGGAUCUGCAGGGCGAGCUGAGCAACCAGGUGCUGGAGGUGGAGCGAUCCAAAGCUGACAUGGAGGAGCUGCUGCAGCACAACACCAGGCUGCAGAGGGACUCUGAAGAGCACCAAACUCUCAAAGGAGCCUACAAUGCUCUGCUCAACAGGUUUAAUGAAACUGAGCGUCUGCUGAAGGAGCUGCAGACGGCUCACAUCUCUCUGAGCAAACAGAACGACGCUCUGAGGAAGAACCACGAAGUUCUCCAACAGCAGAAAGACAAAAUCACGUCGGUGCUGCAAGAGAGAGAGGAGGAGAUCAAAUCCCUCCAGCUGGACUUACAGAAGAAAAGUGGCGACAUUACAGGGCUACGUGCCGACCUGCGGUCCAAAGAGGAGACGCUGAAGGAAAAGGACCAGGAGAGGAGAGACCUGGAGGACACGGUGGAUGUUCUCAGGAAGGAACUCAACAAAACAGAACAAGCCAGGAAGGACGCCAGCAUCAAGGCCUCCUCUCUGGAGCUGCAGAAAGGUCAGCUGGAGACCAAGUUGAAGCAGAAGGAAGACGAGCUGAACAAACACUCGGCCAUGAUCGCCAUGAUCCACAGCCUCAGCAGCGGGAAGAUGAAGAGCGACGUCAACCUGUCGCUGUGAGGGGAGAACCUCCACCACCGUCUGGAUGAACGAGCAGGAGCUCCUUCAUGGACUCAGAGAUGAAUUUUCCAACAUGAAUUCAUCUUUUUAGACCUAAUAAAACACAUGUAAUUAAUUAUUUUAAAAUGAACUUUUUUAUGUGAUGAUAGUUUUUGUGUUUUUGUCUGUUUUUAUUGUUUGGUUCUAUUCAAAUGUUUGUGUGAGUUUAGUUAAUGAAUUAAACUAACUUAAGCUCCUGGGACUAAAAUGUAUCAUGAAAAAAAUUACUUAAACUUUAUUUCAUUUUUGUUUAAUGAAUGGAUAGUAAAACCUUUAUUGCUGUUAAAUGAACUUUAUGAUCAACAUUU